AUGUCAAGACUAUUGCCACUUAUUAGUCAAAACACUGAACAAGUAUGUUUAUUGCGACUCGCAGGUGAUGACCAGGAGCUUGCCGACUUUUAUGCAAGUCAGCAGCCAUCUACAAGUGGAUCUGGCAGACCACAGUUCAAACAAGGUACACCCAGUGACUAUGAACUGGAACGUAUUUCCUCAGGGCUUGGUGAUGCUUGGAAAAAGCUUGGGCGCCGCUUGAAAAUCCAAGAUCCAAAGCUUGAUGAUCUGAACAAAUUAAACGAGGAUUUCUCUGAAAAGGGAUAUAAAAUGCUCAAGCAUUGGAAGGAGGUAAACGGUUCAGCCGCAACGUACCAGAUUUUGGGUGAUGGCUUACAGAUGAAUCUUGUGAAUCGGCGAGACUUAGCGGAGGAAUUUUGCUAUAAGAAACAAUAACAAUAAGUUUCCACUAGAUUGCAAAUUUUUUUAUGUAAUAAUUUUCUUCUUAAUUUAAUCUUAAUUUUGUGAGUAUAUGAUUUUGAAGGAAAAUUUUUCAGCAGAAGAUUACCCCAGAGUCAAGUAAUUUCUAACUUCCAGAAGUGAUCAGCUGACUUGUGAAAUAAGUGUAUCGCUGCUUCCAUAUAACUUUUAGAUGCUCGUGGAACUACAAAAUUAUUUGUGUAAGGGCUGUGUUCGAUGAAGUAGUACUAUUUUUUUAGUGGCAAAUUUUUUCCAACACCCUGAUAGCUUGGUUUACACGUCCACUAAAACGGGAAUAGUUUUUUGCGACUGCUAUAGAGAGAUAUUAUCUAGCAAUAGUAUUUUUUAAAAAGUGAACGUUACAUAAGGUUUCACUCUAAAAUAGUUUAUGAAUAGUUAUACAGAUCUAGGUUUUAAAACGUUUCUAGGAAAUUAUUAAUUUUAGAUAGUCAUCAUUUCGUAAUAACAUUGCAA